AUGCUGGAGGCAAUCCUCGAGGUUGUCACCCGCACUCUGGGCGACAAUCAUGUUGCCAUGGCCAUGGCUCGGUCCAACCUCGCCCGUGCUUCUGUACUCUGCGAACGGUGGGAUGAGGCUGAAACCCUGCUCAUCAUUCUGGUCAAAUCCAGACAGUCAGACCAUCCAGACUUAGGUCAACACCCGCUCGGGCUUCGUGCAUGUGCGAAUCCGAAUUGGCAUAUCAUUGCGCCAGGUCGUCCUCGAGCUCUGAAGAUUCACGAGCAAAUGAUUGAGAUUUACCACCUGCCGAACCGUGCUGCAGAAUCGCAGGCGCUGAGCUUGAAGGUGCCAGCUACGAAAGUCCCUUUGGCAAGGGAGCUAUUUGAUAUGCUGCUGAUCCAGGGAAUUCUUAGAAGGGAGAAUGAGCUUGAUCGACUUACGAAUAUGAACGUGUGA